UCUCGCAGUGAUGGCGGCUCCUCCCGAUGCAGAGAGUUUGGAGUCUCGUAUCAACAGAGCCACAAAUCCACUUAACAGAGACACAGACUGGAGUAGCAUCCAUGCCUUUUGUGACCAGCUCAACAAUGAGUUGGAGGGACCGCAGCUGGCCACCAGGCUCCUGGCCCACAAAAUCCAGUCUCCACAAGAGUGGGAGGCCAUGCAGGCGUUACUUGUUCUGGAGACAUGUAUGAAAAACUGUGGGAAAAGGUUUCACAAUGAAGUUGGCAAGUUCCGUUUUCUCAAUGAGCUCAUCAAAGUGGUUUCUCCGAAGUACCUUGGAACACGGUCCCCUGAACCCGUUAAAAAAAAAGUUUUGGAGUUGAUCUAUAGCUGGACUUUGGCAUUACCGGACGAAGCCAAGAUCUCAGAUGCUUAUCAGAUGCUGAAAAAACAAGGUAUUAUUAAACAAGAUCCUGAGCUGCCACCUGACAAACUGCUGAACCUUCCUCCACCCAGACCCAAGAAUGCUAUUUUUGAAGAUGAAGAGAAAUCAAAAAUGUUGUCUCGCCUAUUGAACAGCUCGCACCCUGAAGACCUUAAAGCUGCCAACAAACUCAUCAAGGAAAUGGUCCAAGAGGAUCAGAGGCGCGCAGAGAAGGUGUCAAAGCGAGUGAAUGCCAUUCAGGAGGUGAAGGAGAGCGUCACUUUACUGACUCAGCUUCUGCAGGACUAUGACAGCACUGCUACCAAUCAGAGCAAUGCUGAACUGAUACAGGACCUGUAUCAGCGCUGUGAGAAAAUGAGACCAACGCUGUUCAGACUGGCAAGUGACACAGAGGACAACGACGAGGCUCUGGCCGAGAUCCUGCAGGCCAACGACAGCCUGACUCAUGUCAUCAACCUGUACAAGCAGCAGGUGAAGGGGGAGAUUGUAAAUGGAAACAGCACAUUAAACACUCAGAAACAAACCGGAGGGACAGCGCUGCUAGAUCUGUCGGGAUUGGACACGUCACCGCAGUCACCUCCUUCCUUCCCAGAGUUUCCCACUCCGACAGACAGCCUCAACCCUCCCUCACAGGACAUGGGGAUUAGUCUCCUUGAUGAUGAGCUAAUGUCACUCGGUUUAAGUGAAGGAACACACACCUCUAACCCUGCCUCACAGCCCGAGGACUCCACAGCAUGGGACUCCUUCCAGUCCUCUGACAGCAUAGAUGCAGAUAUCCCUACAGCACCCAGUCCUCUGAGUCCAGAUCCACCGCCCCACUCUCAGCCCCUUUCAUCUGGCUCCACCCCUGGAAACUCAGCCUUGGAUGAACUGGACCUGCUGGGAAAAGCCCUGCUGCAGCAGUCUCUACCUCCAGAGGGCCUGCAGGUCAAAUGGGACAAGCAGCAGUCUAAACCGACUCUAAGAGACCUCCAGAACAAGUCCGGGGCAAACGUUGCUCCAAACCCAAUUCCAGCUUUUACCGCUGAACCUCCUGCAUCUAUUCCCAACUCUCAGUCCAGCCUUAGAGCUACACUGCUGGAUAUGUCUCCCUCUCACACUGAAGCUGCUUCUGCAGAAGUUUCUCUGACUGAUGUUUUUUUACCAUUAGAAUCCAUCAAGCCCAGUAGUCUGUUACCUGUGACUGUGUUCGACAGCCACAGUCUGCGGGUUCUCUUUCACUUUGCUCGUGACUCGCCACCAUCUCGACCUGAUGUUCUAGUGGUGAUUAUCUCCAUGCUGUCAUCAGCCCCCGUCCCCGUCACCGACAUAAACUUCCAGACUACCGCUCCAAAGUCGAUGGCCGUGAAGCUGCAGCCCCCGUCAGGGACAGAGCUCCCAGCUUUCAAUCCCAUCCUCCCUCCCGCUGCUGUCACACAGAUCUUGCUUCUAGCAAAUCCAAACAAGGAGAAAGUGAAGCUGCAGUACAGAUUAACCUUCACCAUGGGAGAGCAGGAGCACAGUGAGAGCGGCAGUCUAGAACUUCCGCCUCCGGAGAAGUGGGGGAGCCUAUAG